GGAGCUGUAGUUCUCCCGCCGGCGGUCCCGUGCGGAGCCGCCAUGCCGGAGGGGACGGGAGCGCUGCGGGAGGUGCUGCCCAAGCAAGGACAGUUGUCGGUGGAGGACGCGGCCACCAUGGUGCUGUGCAAGCCCAAGAUCCUGCCGCUCAAGUCGGUGUCGCUGGAGAAGCUGGAGAAGCUGCAGCGGGCGGCGCUGGAGGCCGCGCAGCCGCCCGAGGGGGCCCCGCCGCCGUCCGCGGGGGCCGCGCCGGCCCAGCCAUAGCCCCGGGCGGGGGGCGCCGAGCCUGGCGGGGCCGAGCCUGGCGGGGCCGCUCCCGCGAUCGAGGUAGCGCUUUGUAACGGGGCUUGCGGAUUAAAGUCUGGCCUGGAACGCA